AUGGCUCCCGCUGCUAAGAAGCCUCAGGUGAAGAAAAAUGCUGAGAACAUUAACACUCGAUUAUCCAUGGUUAUGAAAACUGGAAAGUACGUCUUGGGCUACAAGCAGACAUUGAAGGCUCUCCGUAACGGAAAGGCCAAGUUGGUCAUCAUUGCUAACAACACUCCUCCUCUCAGGAAGUCUGAGAUCGAGUACUACGCCAUGUUGGCUAAAACCGGUGUCCAUCACUACAAUGGAAACAACAUUGAGCUGGGAACCGCAUGCGGUAAACUGUACCACGUAUGCACGCUCUCUGUUACUGACGCUGGAGACUCAGACAUUAUCCGCAGCAUGCCUUCCGAGACGGCGUGA